GAGAGUCUGAACCAUAUGAAAACUACAUACAUCUCGAAACUUUUUGAGCUAAUUUUUUGUACGAAAAAAACUGGCAACACUGAUUUUUAUAAUAUCACCAAAAAGCCUUCUGCCUUUCAAAACCCCCUAACUAUGGGAAAAUGUUUCAUUUUGGUAGGUAUCGCGGUUAUCGAGUAAUCCACUGCUGAAAUGGAUGAUAUUUUAGGUUCAAUGAAAACGUUGACACCGCCUGGCUGCCUUCAAAAAUGGGCUAGAGGGCUGCGAUUUGCGCCAUUGGUCAUCCCUUCGGAAGGUCUUUCCACAGGAAAAAUAUCAAAAAAAUCGCCGAACCCCCCUACCUCUUCUUGGUCCAAUUCACGUGGAAUGACCCAAAGAUUUGUUCGUCGAGAUUAUGAAAGAAGACAUGGUUUUCAUCCUCUUGCUGGCUGUGGCUGUACAACCGGGCACCGUAUUGCUUCAGAUCUGUUCGUCGCGAUCAUGAAACAAGACAUGGUUUUCAUCUUCUUGCUGGCUGUGGCUGUACAACUGAGCACCGUAUUGCUUCAGGGUUCCGCUGAUGCAGAUUCUAAUAAAACUACGAGUAAUGAAACAUUUUUUCUGGAUAAAUUGCCGAGUAAUGACUUUGAAAAAACUCUGAUUGGCUUCAAUCAUCUUUUCGUGGAUAAGACUAUGUUUAUUGCUGAGUUGAUUAAUCUGCAAAAAGAAUGCGAUCUUAUCAGCCGUCCUUCACGCUGGGGGAAGACUUUUAAUAUGCUGACGACCGCCUGUUUCUUUGAUAUUCCUCAUUUCGAUGAUGGCUCAGUGGAUGAGUACAAACGAAACAUGACCAAGUCAUUGUUUGUAGGUGGAUCGACAAUUGCAAUUCGGAAACCAGAAAUGGAACCAACUCUGAUAAAAACGAAACCGCUGAAAAUUUCCAAAGUGGAAAGCGCUAUGAGGGAAAUGGGACGUCAUCCGACGAUACUCCUUACCUUUAGUGAAUUCGGAAACACAUUUGACGAAUUUAUCCAGGAAUUUGCUGGGCAAAUAAGCAGAAUCAUUUCUAGUAAACAUUAUGACUCAUUUUUAGCGAAGCACUGUGAACGAUCUGGAUUCCUAAGGGAAUGUCAUGAACUUCUGUCCAGUACCAAAGAACAACUUGCCGGAAAUCUCUAUUUAUUGAAACAUAGCAUUGAAAUAUUGAUUGCUCUACUAACGAGCCAUUUCAACUCAAAAACUGUAGUAUUAAUCGACGAGUACGAUGUUCCAUUGAACCGGAUGAUUUGCGACGAUGCGGAUUUUAGCCAGACUGUCAACUUUUUGGAAGGUCUGUUCACUCGUACAUUCAGAGGUAACACGCACGCCAAUAUAUACAGCGGUGUCGUGACUGGUAUUCUGCAGUUUUCCAGAGCCAGACUGUCAACCGGGUUGGCAGUUUGCGCAUUUAGCAGUGUACUACAUGACAGAUAUAGGGCGCAUUUCGGCUUCACCGAGACAGAGGUGCAAACACUACUUGAAAAAAAUGCCGGAUAUCCGCUGGAAAUGGCCGAACUGAAAACCUGGUAUGACGGUUACGUGUUUGGGCAAUACCGUAUGUACAACCCUCUGUCGAUUCGUGCCAGCUUCGAAUCUAAUCAAACAGACUCCUAUUGGAUUGAAAGCGUCCCAUUCGGCCUUAAUGUCAAACAUGAGAAUUCGCCUCUUCGCAGACCAUUCAUGGCUGAUGAGUAUCAACGUUGUAUUCAGAAAUUGUUUGUUAGCGGCUUGUUAGCUAAUCUCAGGUCAGACAUAGAGUACACGGAUGCUGCCACACCCACAGACACGGACGAUUUUCUAUCCGCUUUAACAUCAAUGGGAUAUACGACGGCGUGUCAACCAACAUCUGGAGCACAUUAUUACAAUGUAUGGAUUCCUAAUGAGGAAGUUCGCGAUACAUUUAAAGAAUUGCUCCUACUAUGGACGAAAAAACAUACGAAGAACUACUUUGAUGAUAUGGACAGGGUCAAGGUCCUCGGUAAAAUUUUGAAUAGUUUUAUGCAGAAAAAUGUGACCCUAAUUGAAGAGAAUUUGUCUACGCUCCAGUCAGCCAUCAACGAAACAACUGAUACGAAAUACCAUUGUGACGUUAUUUUCGCAUUAUUGGUCACAUUUUGUGAUGCUUGGGACGUGCAACGUAGUUUCGAUGACGUAAUAUCCAUCGCAGAAAAAUUACAAUUUCACUGCCACAUUGCAGUGAGCUUGAAGCCAACUCGUCAUCAUCCUGAUCCUAUAACAGCUCAUAUCAUGGUGAAUGGAAAUGCCACCGCCUUACAUGAAAAGUGCGUAGUCAGACGUCUCUUGAAUAAAGUGGUAAAACUAGGUGUGAAGAAAUCGUUCAAGACUGCAAUCCAGCUUUGGAUUGAUACUAAAGUUGCCCAUGCUACAACGAGCGGUUGCGAUUGGGUGCAGUUCGUUCUGAUUUACGUCGGCAGAAAGCUGUGGGGAAUGUUCAACUGUACAAAUUCAGCUACUAAGAUUAUAAAAUAGGUAGGCGAUAUAGAUUCAAUAGAGAAGAGUGCGCGAUGAAUUUAAUCAUAGCGUCUGGCUAAAGACGAAAACACAGUCGUUGUCGUCGUCGUAGUCGCGCUCCUUUACAGGAGAUAGCGUAUACUUCCAUCUAUAUCAGCGGGUUUCUAGCGUAUCUGAUAGUUUCUUUCAGGGUGUUACAGGGAGAGUUGGCCGGUGAGUUUGUUGUUAACAUCUCGGAUCGUUUCCUCCCUCUUGUAGUUCUUCCUUGAAUUUUCCCCUGUACCACUAGCAUGAAAAUACCAUUUUCUCGUAUUUCAUGAGCUAGAUACUUUAGCUUUCUAUUCUUUAUAUCUUCUAUUACGACUUUCCGCUCCUCUCCUAUUCUUGCUAAUACUUCCUGGUUGGUAAUGAAGUCCUUCCAUGAGAUCCGUAGUAGCCUUCGAUAGCACCACAUCUCAAAAGCAGAUAUUUUCUUCUCGCAUUCUGCACUCAUGGUCCAUGUUUCACAGGAAUACUUCAGAACAGUCCAUACGUAGCAUCUCAUAAUUCUCUUUCUCAGAGCUAGACUCAUCGUUCGAUUUCCCAGCACAUUGGCUAGGUUGUUAAAGGCGCUUUUUGCCAUUCCAAUCCGUGAUUUAAUUUUUCUUUAUGAUCUCUACCAUCAUUAUUUAUCAGCGCUCCAAGGUACCUAUGUGAAUUGAUUUACAUUUUCAAUUUCUUGAGUUCCAAUGUUGAUUUUGACCUCCUUGAAGUCUCCUUUUGUAAAUCUCAUCACCUUGGUCUUGCCUGCAUUUAUUUUCAUUCCAUAUUUUAAUCCAGCACUGUUAAUUUGGUUGAUCAUUUUCUGCAUCUGCGCUUCUGUUUCAGCAAGGAUCACUUUGUCAUCUGCAUAGCUUAUUUCGUUUAUUCUCUUGCCGUUGAUCUUGAAUCCCAUUUGUUUGAUUCGCGCUUCUCUCAUUAUUUCUUCUGCGUACACGUUGAACAGCCUAGGUGAGAGGGGGCAUCCUUGUCUCACACCUCUCUUUAUACCACAUCUAUUCUCCGAGUACUCAGUUCCAAACUUGAUAUUUGCGCUCUGCUCCCAGUACAAGUUCUUGAUUAUCCGCAGGUCUUUGUCAUCAAUAUUGUAUUUCUUCAGGAUCUCCAGCAUCCUCUCAUGGUUGACACGAUCAAAUGCUUUUUCAUAGUCGACAAAGCAAGCAAUAAUUUCCCUGUUUGCAUUCAGUGCUCUUUGGAUGAUCACUUUCAGCAGGGCAAUUGCGUCUCUCGUCCCUUUUUUUGCUACAAAGCCAUAUUGUGUUUCGCUUAGAUUUUUGUCUAUCUUCUUUUCAAUUCUGGCAUUCAUGAUGGAUAGUAGUAGCUUUAGAGCAUGGCUCAUUAAUGCGAUGGUUCUAUAUUCAGAGCAUUUUUGCGAGUUAUUUUUCUUCGGUAUUGGUACAAAAUUUACUGCUUUGAAGUCCUUAGGCAGUGUACCUUCAUUGUAUAUCUCAUUUAUAAUCUUCAGCAGUUCUUUUUCGUACUCAGGUGUUAGAUGUUUAAUCAAGUCUACUGGUAUGAGAUCUUCCCCCACUGCUUUGUGGUUUCUGGCUCUCUUCACCGCAUUUCUCAGCUCCCACAUUUCGAUUCGUGGUGCCUCCUCUGUGGAUGAAACUUCCAAUUGAGCCAGACAUGUGUCAUCUCCAUACAGUUCCUGUAUGUAGCUGAUCCAGACCUCUUCUGUUUCUUGAUUGUUAACACAAUACUUUCCAUCUUUUCUUCGCAUGUAUGCUAUUCCACUUCUCCUUUUCUUAUGGGCAGCCAUCAUCUGCUUCACUUUGGUAUGCAUUUCUCUAGAGUUGUGUCUUUUCUCCAGUUCUACUACUUCUCGACACUUCUCCUCAUACCAUUCAUUUUUGGCCAUUCUGCACAUUCCCAUGAUCUUGUGAUUUAGUUCUGUGUAUUCACUACUUGGUCUGUUUGCAUUCUUUCGUUCUUCCAUCAGAUCCAGUAUCUCUUGAGUUAUCCAUGGUUUAUGUUUUCUUUUAUCUUUGAGUGGAAUAGACUUUUCUGCUGCUGUUUUAACCUUUCGCUUCCAUUCUUGCCACUUUUCUUCAAUACCUUGUUCUUCUUCCAACUUGUCUUCCUUUUGUUUUUCCAGUUCUUCUCGGAAUUUCUUCUGCACAUGCUUUGAUUUGAUCUUUGCAAUGUCAAGUUGUUGGUAUUGUUCUUUGCUCUUCUUCUGGCUCUUCAUGACUAUCUGGCAUUUUGCAGCCAGUAGCUUAUGGUCAGUGUUGCAGUCAGCACCAGAGUAUGUAUGACAGUUCUUCACUAUGUUCUUGAAUCUUCCUUUUACAAGAAUGUAGUCUAUCUGGUUUCUGGCUCGAUCUCCAGGACUGACCCAUGUGUAUAAUAAUCUUCUUGCAUGUUGUUUGAACCAGGUAAGGUGCACCGAGGCAAGUCAGAAUGAUUUUUCGCAAUUUCAACUUUGACCAGCUGUUACUCCCCUUCUAAUGAACCAAUAUGGAUCAAAUUUAUUAUGUAGGUUCCCAUAAGGGUUUUCAACCUAUGAUAAAAAUUUGAGCGCGAUUGACACAGUAGCUUUCGCUCAGUGGAAUAAAAUAUAAACUGUCCUGACUUUCCCCAAUUGGGGGAAGUCAGAACAGGCUAAACUUUGCAGAGGCGUAGAUCACAAACCAAGUGUCCUAGAGAAAUUGCACAGAAACAAAAUUGUAGAGAAUUUAAUUCUCUUUGAGAUCACUCCCAUCAGAUUUUCACUAGGACGCACGGUUCGUCCGCUAUAUGCGAAAAACUAAGAAAUAGAAAGUCUGUAUUUUAGACCAAAUUCAAAAUAAGUUCAAAACAACAACAAAAUACAAUUGAACCAAAGACAUCUAAAAUGAAACUGAAUCGCGAAAAUUUUUAUGCCGUGAUGAAGUAGGGGUAGUACCCUCAAGUCACCUUUAGUGGCACUUCGCCAGAUAUAAACCUCUAGGCGCUAGAGCAAGUUUUCUAACUUACCCCGAAUUCAACUUCCCCCGGUGCACCUUAUUGCAUAUUAUUAGAUCGUGUCUUUCUGCGAACUCUAUGAGCAUUUCUCCUCUUUCAUUCUGCUCUCCAAGUGCGUGCUUCCCUGCCACUUGGCUACCAUGAUCAUUCCCGACUUUGGCAUUGAAGUCUCCCAUCAAAAACACAACAUCAUUGUUUUUUGAGCAGUUCAUUACUUCUUCUAGGUCAUUGUAGAAGUUAUUGAUUUCUGUUGUACUGCUUUCUGCUGUUGGCGCAAAAACUUGAAUUAUCACAAUUGGUUUUGGCUUGACCUCCAAUCUCACAAAUAUUAUCCUCUCUGAUUUUGGAAUUAUGGCACUGAUUUUAUUGCUGAUUCUGGUAUGUAUUAAUAUACCCACACCUAGUUCGUGUGCGUCUUUUCCAGCGUAGAUCAUUUCAUAAUCCUUAUCUACCCGGUUUCUGCCAUUUCCAGUCCAUCGGGUCUCACUUAUUCCUAAUACGUCGAUUUUUAAUCUCCUGGCUUCCUUGAUUACAUUGGCAAGUUGUCCAAUUUUAUACAAGGUUCUUACGUUCCAGGUUGCGACGUUGAUGUUGUUCCUCCUUGUUUUAACUCCACGUAUUCUUAGCACCCUAUCCGGCUGCCUUGGCGGAUGAGGAUCAGCCUAAUGGAGACUUAGGGCCAUUGCUGAAUUGAUAUCCAUAUAAUUCUAGGGAGAUAUAAUGGUGUUGGUUUCCCGUUGCCUUCCACCAUGGUUUUCUGUUGCGGUUUGCUCCCUUAGCUGAAUGUGCCAGUUUUUAGGCGCUGGUAUUCGCCUUCUCACUCUGAAGCCCUUGAGCUUCCCUGGGGCUGGAACAAGUGAGUUGUUGGUGUUCUGCAGCUGUUAUGCAUUCUUAUUUGUAAUCUGGUAUUUAUGUAGAGGUUUGGCCUUCAGCUUGCCACUCCUCCCAGUCAUUCCACAUACUGGAGAAUUCUGCUUUGGCCAUGUUUAUCGAUUCCGAGUCCAUCGAACAGCAACAUGUUACCACCCCGCACGACGUGGACGCGCAGAAUACCCCUGGUGUUGUCUUCGCCUUCUCAUCUAUCCUCGGGGACUGGCUCCUCUUGAUGAUCCGAGCUACUACCUAGAGACUACCUCUAGCGACAACAACCUGUGCCCUCGCGAGAUAGACUAAGAAUAGGCCACACAAAAAUUACUCAUAACCACUUAUACCAAAAAGAACUAAAACCCCCAUGCCAAUUUUGCAGAAACGAACCCACGUCCAUUCAACACAUACUUUUCAACUGCCCCCAACUAAAACAAAACAGACUUACACUACAAAUAAAAGAAAACCCACCUGCUAUCCCUAACGAACCCUGUGAAAUACAAAAAUUCAUCUCCCUAAUAAAAAACAUCGACCUCACAAACCAAAUCUAACCCCUCCCCCGUACGGGUGUAAUAAUCUUGUAAUUAUAAACACCCAAAAAAAAAAAUCAUUGGAAAAGUGGUUUUAGGCAUAUUCCCUCAUUAAUACCGUAAGUUUUGUUUUGUCCGGUGAUUGUAAAACAGAAACAAAAUAAAAAAUUCACAAAAUGUGGCAUUUCAUAGUAAAACUUCGAUGGAAAUAUCAAAACAUCUUUUUUUUUUGGCAUGAUGUUAUAACAACGAUUUUUUUUUCAUGUAAAGGAAUUGGUAGUUAUUUUUGUCAAUUUAAGUAAUCGUUUUUUAUCAUUUCGUAUUCAUUCUUAUGUUUUGUUCAUCCAGUUUUUAUGUUAGGUAUAGAUAUCUUUCUGUUUUGUUUUUGUUCAUUGGUUAUUUAGUUUUUUCGAAAUUAUUAUUUUUAUUCUUACGUUUUUUAUUCAACUUUGAGUUUUGACGAAUCUAUGAUUUUAUCUAUAUUCUCAUUAAUAAACUCGCCAAAAUUAUUUUCAAGUUGAUUUAAUUUGUUCUUCACGAUUGUCCUGAUGCCACGCUUCAUGGCGGACGUCAUAAAGCGUGGCAUCAGGACUAUCGUGAAGAACAAAUUAAAUCAACUUAAAAAUAAUUUUGGCGAGUUUAUUAAUGAGAAUAUAGAUAAAAUCAUAGAUUCGUCAAAACUCAAAGUUGAAACAUUUGUGAACGCUUCGACAUCGAGCCUUGUAAAGAGUAAGAAAUUGAAAUUUAAGUAUAUGGUAUACGGGUGUCAUCAUUGGAAAAGUGGUUUUAAGCAUAUUUCCUCAUUAAUACCUCAAGUUUUGUUUUGUCCGGUGAUUAUAGAACAGAAACAGAAUUAAAAAUUCACAAAAUCUGGCAUUUCACAGUGAAACUUUGGUGGAAAUAAGUACCAAAAUUUUUUUUUUUUUGGCACGAUGUUACGAAAACGAAUUUUUUUCAUGUAAAACAAUAUUGGUAGUUAUUUUUGCCAAUUUAAGUAAUCGUUUUUUAUCGUUUCAUAUUCAUUCUUAUGUUUUGUGUACCUAUCCUGUUUUUAUGUUAUAAGUAGAUAUCUUUCUGUUUUUUUUUUUUUUUUGUUUAUUGGUUAUUUAGGAAUUUGAAAUUAUUAUUUUUAUUCUUAUGUUUUUUUAUUUUUGUUGUUGUUUUGUUUUGUGUGCGUGUGUGUUUCUUAUUAUUAUUUUUUUUUUAUUUGCAGUUAUAAGUAUGACAUCUUUUUUGCUCAGUGAAUAGUUUUUGAAGAGAAUUACAUAUACUUUCUUUCAUGUUAUAACGACAAAUUGUC